AAAAAUGAUGAUGUGGUUAUUACUAUUUACUGUUCUUACUUUUUCAAACGCAUAUGAAGAUUACUCUGAUGUACUUGAAAACUUUGACGAAUUAUUAGAUUUAGAUGAUUUUGAAGAUUUCAAUGACGCUAUUUCUCCAAAAUCUGCUUCUGUAAAAGGAAGAAUGAAAAAAAUCGCUAAACUUGCAAAAAAGAGAGUCAAAAAGUCUACUAAAAAGGUUGUCAGACAUUCUCAAAAACCUAAUCAAAAUAAAGCUAAUCAACUAAAUAAUCAACCUACUGCUCAACCAGCCGUUCAAUCAAAUAGUCAACCAGCUCCUCAACCUACUGCCCAACCAACUCCUCAACCAGCCGCUCAACCAGCUCCUCAACCAGCCGCUCAACCAGCUCCUCAACCAGCCGCUCAACCAGCCGCUCAACCAGCUCCUCAACCAGCUCCUCAACCAGCUCCUCAACCAGCUCCUCAACCAGCUCCUCAACCAGCCGCUCAACCAGCUCCUCAACCAGCCGCUCAACCAGCUCCUCAACCAGCCGCUCAACCAACUCCUCAACCUACUGCUCAACCAGCUAACAAUCAAAAUGGUCAAACAGGUAAAGAAAUUAAAGACGUUAUUAAUGAAGAUGUUGGCAAAGUUUUACAACAAGCACAUCAAAUUGACUCACUUGCUCAAUCACAAUAAAUUAAGAAAGUCUAAUGUUUUAUUUU